AGACGUAGAGCAUAGCUACUGCGUAUAGCAACUGCGUAGGGUUCUCGCAAAACCAAGAUAAGUAAACAAAAUGUCGUCUACCGCUCAGGAGUCAUCCUCCUCUUCAUCUUUCUGGCCGGUCAAGGGUUUCUUUCCUCAGAACCUCCUUCGUCGUAGAGGACAUCAUCGACAGGAGAACUUGCCGGUCAGUAAGAUCACCGGGUUGCCCCCACCUGCUGCGAAAAAACGGAUAGACGCCAGUACCGGCAAGGUCUCUUCCACCACUUCCCCUACUGAUGCACUUGGCACCGACGUCGAUAUUGCAUCAAACAACGAGAUUUCCAUCACUGCCGACCUCGGCCCGGAUUUCAAUUGCCACCGGCCGGGGCUGAGAAACCUCGCCCUCGCGUACAUUGUGGAUACGUUCACUUUCGACGGCGACACCGCGGCGUUUCGCGCGGGCAAUGGGGAGGACAUCUGGCACUUACUGGUCACGGAGUUCAGCAUUAGAAAGUUGGUCUUCAUCCAUGCAGUGUGUGAGCUGGUUUUCGUGUUGACGUUUGGCUUGCUGCUCUUCCUCUCCUACCACCUGAUGGGCGUGUUGGAUGCGGACUACAAAGGUAGCAGUGGAAGGGGCGCCGGGUCCUCGAGCAGCACCGACGACACGGAGUUUAAGGACUUCAUUCUGCUUUCCUUGUCCGCCUGCGGGAUUGGCACCGAGCUGAUCUUUGGCUACUCCCGAGGAAGCAGGGUGUUGAGCGUGUUGGAGGCCCUGUUGCUGGUUGUGGAAAAUUGGUCGCACUGGAUCAUGCUGACCAUUUCGGGUGCCUUGAUCAUUGCCCGAGCCCUGACCCCGCUGCAGCAAGUGGUGUUCAGCCAUGCCUGCGUGAUUUCUGACGGGAAACUGAAGGACCACGUAGGCCCGCUUGACCUGGGUCUGGACGAAAACGGGUUCGAGAAAAGACAGAUACUGCAGCCUGACAACCAACCAGAAGUAAAUAUAGUUGACCGCGAUGGUCCUCUGUCAAGGUCGUCGAGCCAAGGAGGGGUCGGUAGCGCGGUGGUCGACACGGUGAGCACACCUGUCGUCCGCCCACAGGAACCACAAUUACAACCGGGCCGUACGGUUGUCGAGGCGGCAGACCACCCAGGAGAUGCAGCUGGAGCUGGAGCUGCAGUUCCUCCCCGGCCGAAGAAACUUUACUAUACGGAUGGCGACUUCGAGGAAUUCCCGGAGCUCGUGAUCCGCAUGAGCACCAUGCGCAGCAGCACGCUGCUGAUCCAGCCGAAAAUCGUGAUUCAGAUGACGACGCGCAACGGGGUGUGGCGCAAUUUGAACAUUCCGGUGUCUGACUACGCCAUGUGGAACCCCAGCAAUGUGCUGACGAUCCGGCACCGGAUCGACGAAAUGUCGCCGUUGCACGAAAAAAACUUUGGCUUCGAACAGCUAGCCUUCAUACAGGUGUCCCUCACGGCGACGGAUAAGUGUACCACGAGAAAUGCAAGAUCUUCCCGAUCAGCGCAAGAACGGACUUUCAUAUCUCUUCCCGAUCAUUUCUGUCCGACACCUGCGAAGAGAAGGACUACAUACAACUCUCCAUGUAGGGAAAAAAGAGUAGUUGAAAAGACAAAAACUGCAUUUGACGUCAAUGAGAGGACCAGGCACGUCCGCUGUUUGAUCUUUGCGCGAGCCUGAGCAGGUCUCUCUGCCGUGCCCUCGCGGUAAUUAUUGAUCGAGAUCUGAUUGUAGUUCUUGUCCACCUUCCUUUCUAUACACCCUGGACUUCCAGUGGCAGAGGCCCAGCAGUAUGUGCGGCCGUUCCGCGUUCCGGAAAAGAGGUUUGUCACGAAGAGAAACUUGAAAAUACUCGAGAACGAAAUUGAAGAUUUGGAACGGACGAGUUCUUCUACCGCGUCCGGGGUCUUGGUGGACGAUGUCGCGCACGACAAAGAGAAAGAAACGACGAGCAAAGUAGAUGAAGAUGGCACUUCUUCUAAAGGUGCCAGCGGUGGUGACGAGGUUGUGGCUAGUAUUCAGUGCAGAAGUAUCGCACUCGGACUCAUUGCAAUCUUGCACGACAGUUUCACAGUUCGUGCUUCUUAGAAGCUAAAUCAACAUUUACAAAUUCAUCUUAGUUCUCAAUCUCAACAAGAUGGAGCUACAAUUUGCGAUGCGAUUUUUUUGCAACUUCAGCAUACGAUACUACGAAUGCGAUACUUUUGCAGUGCAUGAACAGCAAGCUAACGCACCUGAAAAGGCAACUCUCGUAUCAAAAGGAGCAGCACAAGUAUUGGUGUUUUCCGGAUGAUACUUAUCGCGUGCCACAGGUCUUUUUCCAUGCGAAAUUCAAGAACAUGCUGAACAUCAAGAACGACGGCGAACGGCCCUGGGUGCCGACAAGGGUGGUGGCCAAUAUGAACAAUUUCGAAACCGUGGUGGUGGCGGAUGUGACAGAAAGCGGGUUCUUGACCAAGCGCGGAAAAUUACUGCGCCAAAGCUCUACGUUCCAGUAGCGGGCUUUUUCCUGUACAUACUACCACCGACUGUAAAACUAGUAACAGAACGCAGGCUCCUACACGGAGGAUGAUCGUGAAGAGGCUUGCAAGAAAAAUUGUUCUCCUUCAUCUUCAAAAUCAUAAUCAUCCAAGAUGUGAUUGUGAUGCAGUGCGGUACGUGCCUGAUCGUCUUUCCUAUCAUGUUGAAGACAUUGGAAUCGGCGAUUUGUCUUGAUAUGAAACUCUAGGGGCGGCCGGUUUGUAAUUGUAUAGAUGUCCCUUUCUGGGCUGGACACUGAUCAGUUCUUAUUUGACUGAAUCUUCUACGAAGAAGAUGAUUGUUCCUUGAUAGAUUUACUAGCUCGUGGUGUUUGUCGAUUUUUUUUUGCAACGGGUCUUUUCCGAAUGCAGAGCGUGUCCCUGCCGCGACGAGAACAAGCGG